CCAGUAAGAGUGAAAGAGCAGCCUGUUAUUUCUCUGCCAGCAUUACGCCUUGCAAUCAUGUUUGUAUUGCAUAAAGGGAGGUCCUGACUAAGAAAAGACACAAAAAUCAUGCUCUUCUGGCAGCAGAGAGAAAAAAUCCCUGAUACUUAUUAGCAAGCAAGAAAACACCACGCGAAUUCUUCUCAAAGAGAUAAGAGGAGCUACUUUUUGAACCACGCUGCCCGCUAAAGAAAAGCUCCUGUGCUUUGUUUUGGUAUAUAACCCAUGGGAGCUGACCUCUGCUAGCAGCACUGGUAGCUGCUACUGGUGUCCUUGCGAUGUGCCGGUGCCCGUUCAGCCUCGGGGUUGGUGCAUGGCAGCCACAGGGUGGCCUGGCCUUUCUCCGUGCUCAUUGUCUCGCCUUUCUCGUGCCUCCUUGCUUUCCCCUUGCAGGAAAACGUUCCAUCAGCGUGACGACGCUGACUUCUCCUGGGAACAUCGGCCAGCGCGGCAUCCUGGGCUGCACUUUCGAGCCCGACAUUCGGAUGGGCAGCAUCGCGAUCCGGUGGGACAAGGCGGGAGUAGCCGGGCUGGUACAUGAAUUUAAAGGUGGGCAGGACCACCUGCAAGAGCAAGACGCGUCGUUUCAGGGCCGCACGGCGGUGUUCGCGGACCAAGUGAUCGGUGGCAACGCUUCCCUGGAGCUGAGGGACGUGCAGCUCUCUGAUGCCGGCACUUACCGGUGCUCCGUCAGCACGGCCAGAGGGAGCGGAGUGGCGGUGCUUCGGUACAGGACGGGAGCCUUCAGCACCCCCAGGGUGCACGUGGAGAACAGCAGCAGCGGGGACACGUUGCAGUGCGAAGCACCGCGCUGGUUCCCUCGCCCCGCCGUGCACUGGACAGCCUACAGCGACGCCGGGGGGUACCUACCUCACGUGGCCAACACCAGCUACGAGCUGAACGCUGAAAACAUCACUCUGAAAGUGGUUUCCUUUCUGCACAACGUUACUGCUAACGCCACCUACACCUGCGUGAUUGAAAACAACAUUGCCAAGGCUACAGGCAACAUCAAAGUGACAGAUUUCAGCAUUACAAGAGGGACCAACUUGCAGCUGGUGAACCUGAACGCAGAGUCAGUGUCCUCCUCCCUUCCAGCUUGUCACUGGAUGCUUCUGCUUCCCCUGUAUCUGCUGUCGAUCUAAAGCCUGUACAAAACAAUCAGAAACACUGCUGGACCUGGAGACAGACAUCUUGCUUGCUUGCUGCUCCGCGCACCCUCUGAACCUCGGCUACAGUUCAGGGCUGCAAGGCAGUGUGGGCUUUUUCCUCUCCCUCCCGAUGAGGCUUGCUGCAGUACAAGCCUUACUUGCACCCACUUUACUCCGACAACCCCACUACACAGUGCAGCAUCUUCAGGAAAUAGUACCUACUACAGACACCUUGAACGGGGCUAGAGGGAGCUGUCAGCCUGAGCAGUCCCACCUAGACCUGGAAUAAGGAGGGCUGCGGACAGUCGAAGCAGAGGACAACCGCCUUUAGAAUUCAUCAGCUUUGGCUUUGGGUGGCAGGCUCUAGAGGUAAACCGGAGAUGAAGUGGAGAGCUACAGAAGAUCAGCUAAAAGGAAAAUCUCUGUCUUUCCAUGCAGAACAGUUACUACAGCUACCCUGCCGGCGUUUCAUGCUUUCCUCCCUCUUGGGCUGAGAACUCUAAGAGCUCCUCCCAGUUCCAGAGCACGUAGCAGCACAAACAUGAAGCCAGCUGAUUUCUCUCUUGUAUUGUUAUUUCUUACCCACACCAACAACAGGAUACUUUGUUUGGCUUCAGAGAGUGAGGAAUGCGAUAAGGAGGGUUCCAUAAAUAAAGGAAAAACUCUGAUCACAGGAACAAGAUGUGUUCUCUUGUCUGAAGUAACCCAGUGACCAGAACUCUGAUCAUGGGCAGAAGCUCAGAGACAAACAGGAAAAGGGUUUCCUGCAGUACACCCGAGAACUGGUCCUUCAAACUCAGAGUACUAAAAACAAGCAAAUCUUAAUUCCCCCCAAUCAGAUUUGAUUUGUCUGUCUCAUGUCUUGUGAUUCUCUGAAUGUACUAAUAAAACUGCAAAUGAGAGAGCCACUUAAUCUAUUCAGUCUUCUCAAAAGACUAUAAUCAAACUCCCCUUCUGAAAAAGAUGUUGUGAAUGGCAGAACACUGAUGGAUUAGAAAAAAGCCAAUAGGCUUGGAAUAAGCGUUGGGUCUUCAACCUGGCAAAGGCAAACAGCCUGUAUGAGGACUGAGGAUUGCAUUUGUAAUGUGAAAUAAAAGAACAACAGGUGAGUAACAAGUGUGGCUGCAGAGAGAACAAUAACAUACAUUAUGAGGAGGAAAAGAGGGAGACUAGUAAGAUACUACCCAAAAGUUCAAAUUCAGAAGUAAAAACAGUUAUUAAACUUAGUUACAACUACAAAGACAAAUUUGCCUUUUUGGUUUUUAAGUAAGUCUCUGUUAUCUGGCACUUCCUAUCUAUUUCUGUAGCACUGUCUGUUACUAUGUUAUUCAUAUUACAGGACUACUUUCAGUUGCAUUUUUAAAUCAGAUUUGGAUCUCUUAAUUUACAUCACUUACAGUCAACAUUUUCUUCAGGCUGAGAGGGGUUUUUUUUUGUUUGCCUUUUUUUUGGUUUUGUUUUCUUUGGGGAGGGUGAGGGGCGAGCUUCAGCAAAAUCGUUACCAUUUCACAGAAAGCACCUAGGGAAAAAAACCUGUGAUGGCAGAACAUGUGUAGACCUUUGCUUUAGGCUGUUUUGGCAACCUUCUUCAGGAGGGAGUCUCAGAACUUUGUUGAAUGGUGGCAUCUGUCAGGUCUUCUGCCACUCAUGCUUUGGCCUUAGAAGUGGCCAGCAGGCCUUGAGAAGGAAAAUACCUUUACACAUGCUCAAUAAAGCCACCACCUGAAGUUUAAUA